AUGCCGUGCGUCCACUACAAGUUCGCCUCCAAGCUGAACUAUGAUACGGUCACCUUCAACGGCCUCCACAUCUCCCUGUGUGAGCUCAAGCGCCAGAUCAUGGGCCGCGAGAAGCUGAAGGCGGCCAACUGCGACUUGCAGAUCACCAACGCCCAGACCAAAGAAG